GAUAAUUGCUCAACAAACAAACUACAAACCCCCAUACUAUUCUAAUAUGCACACACAUUAGUACCCCAUGCGCAACAUAAAUACCCUAAAAGUAGUAACCCAAAUGGCAAGCUUAUCUUUACUUUUAAAUUUUCUCCCACAUAUCAACUUUUUGACUCCUAUAAAUAGGCCCAAACUACAGCACAAGUUCUCAUUCUUACCUUCUAUCAUUCCCACACUCCUAUUCCACCUUCUUUCACCUUCUUUCAUAUAUAUUUCACCUUCUUUCAUUCAUUGAUCUUCAAUUGUAUACUUUUGAGAAAUUUAACAAUAUAUUUGGUUGUAAACUCGAUCGAUCGAUUAGCUAUGUCUCAUAAAGGAGAGAAUGUCAUGGUUUCUAAUAUGAAGCUUGAGAAGAUGUUGUGCAUGAAAGGUGGCAAGGAUCAAACUAGCUAUGCCAAUAAUUCUCAAGCCCAGGCACAACAUGCAAAAUCAAUGUUACACCUCCUAAGAGAGGCCCUAGACAGGGUGGAACUAGGACCACCAAGCACGCCCUUUGUGGUGGUUGACCUAGGAUGUUCAUGUGGUUCCAACACCAUCUACAUCGUCGAUGUGAUGGUUAACCACAUGGCAAAGCGAUACGAGGCCUCGGGUUACGAGCCACCCGAGUUCUCGGCCUUCUUUUCUGACCUUCCAUCCAAUGACUUUAACACCCUCUUUCAACUACUUCCUAACUACUACCCCUAUGAUGGGGAGGGAGGUGGUAGCAUGGAGGAGUGCUUGGCUGCUGAUAAGCAUCGAUCCUACUUCGCUGCCGGUGUUCCCGGUAGCUUCUACCGUCGCCUUUUCCCGGCGAGAUCUAUUGAUGUUUUUCACUCGGCAUUUUCCUUGCACUGGCUAUCUCAGAUUCCAGAGAGUAUAUUAGACAAGAGGUCAAAGGGAUACAACAAAGGAAGAAUAUUUAUUCAUGGAUCAAAUGAGAUAAUAUCAAAUGCUUAUAAAAAGCAAUUCCAAACAGAUUUGGCUGGAUUCUUAAGGGCAAGAGCAGUUGAAAUGAAGAGAGGUGGGUCCAUGUUCCUUGUUUGCUUAGGAAGGACCUCAAUGGACCCCACUGACCAAGGUGGGGCUGGCCUUCUCUUUGGGACCCACUUUCAAGAUGCAUGGAAUGAACUUGUCCAAGAGGGUCUCAUAACAAGUGAAAAACGUGACAGCUUCAAUAUUCCAGUCUAUGCACCAAGCUUACAAGACUUCAGGGAAGUAGUAGAAGCCAAUGGCUCAUUUGCCAUAAACAAGCUAGAAGUGUUUAGGGGUGGAAGCCCCUUGGUGGUGAGCCACCCCGAUGACCCAACCGAGGUAGGUCAAGCCUUUGCCAACAGCUGCCGGAGUGUUUGUGGGGUCCUUGUCGACGCUCACAUAGGCGACAAGCUAGGCGAUGAGCUCUUUCUAAGGGUGGAAAACCGAGCUACAAACCAUGCAAAUGAGCUGCUAGAACAACUUCAGUUUUUCCACAUUGUUGCCUCCCUUUCUUUAUGCUCAAACCAAACAUCAAUGACUACUUUGAAGAAUAUCUAAUUAGUUCAAAAAAGGCAGUAGAAAAGUGAGGUUUUAGGUGGGUCUUUGCUGACUGAUGAUCCAAGUCAAAAACUGUAGGUUUUAGUUGAGUUGAUCUAAUCUUGUGUAUUCUUUGUUUGUUUACUUUUUCAUUUCUUUUGCCUUUAUUUUUAGCCUUUUCAAUCUACGUAGAGUAUUUUAAGAUUAUUAACCAAGUAAGAAAAAAAAAUAAAUUACAUAUGUUCAUGUAACUUUUUUUUUGGAAACCAUGUUCAUAUUAACUUUAUGUGCAAAAUCUACUUCGUAUUAUGCAUUUCAGUGCACUUACAAGAUUGUUAUCCUAGUCAUUUGGAGCUAAUUUAAUCUCAUAUGAGCAGCAAAACUACCUUAAGUAGAGAUAGCUAAGUGCACUUGGAUGUAUAUAUGUUUAACGGUCUAAACUUUAUGGUAUGUUUAGUACGAAAAGGGUUUGGCUAACGUCACGAAAAUUAUAUUGUUUCAAGCAAUCAGGUUUAACAUAAUUGAGUCGACUGAGCUGAAUUUGGCAGGCGGGUUUAACUUCAGUUGGGGCAAUGCAACCAAUCACCACAACAAUUGAGCUGAAUUUGCAAAACAAUUCCAGCCCGGUUGGCAGGUGGGUCUAAGCGCGGUUGGGUCACUCUAACCAAUCACCACAACUGUCUGUGUAGUACCUAGUACCUACUCUCCUCUAUACUCCUUCAAUUGAUUAAUUUGGCCUUCAUCCAUAAAAAAAAAAUAAAAAUAAUAAAUAAAUAAAUAAAAAUAAAAAAAAAGGAAAAAAAAAGGACCAAGAUGUCCAUAAUUUCUGGUACUUGCUCAAAGUGGGUUUUUCACACAGCAAGAAACAACUAAA